ACCUUGCCAUGGCUGGGGUGAGCUCAGUGCGGGAGCUCAGUCAUCUUCAACGGGUACGACUUCUAUACAAAACUUGUUUGAAGCUGCAUCGUGGGUUGCCCAUGCAUUUGCGGGCCAUCGGCGAUACGUACGUGCGUGAUGAAUUCAAACGCCACAAAGAAGCUAAUCAGGAGCAAACCCAAGUUUUCAUGGAGGCUUGGUCGAAGUACGCUCUCCAGCUAACACGUCAAAUCGGGCUGAAGGGCCCGCAAACGUCCAAGACGUUGGGGGACAGCCUCCGAGUGGAGGAUUUAGACCAAUUUUCGGGCGAACAAUUAGCCCAAUUGUUUGAAUUAUAUCAAGAGACUAGUAAGCCUAUGACUCCUACCGAUAGUUCGGUGUUCAAAUGAAGACUCCAUCCCCCAACACCCUCUCAGACCACCAGCUAAAAAGGUCUAUUUCCAGCCAAUUUAUAUGUUUAGUUUUUCUUGGGCUAAUUAGAAUACACUCAGAACUGUG